AACGACACGCGCACGCGACCAGAGGCUUGUUGUGUCUGCUGCUCGAAUAAGGAGAAAGCUGAAACAGUGAGGAUAUGAAACAGAACUAACUCUUCCUCGUGGAAGUGGACCCGCGGCUCGGUGAGCUGCUCGAACCCCGGCAGCGGGACCCGUGGCGGGCCGGCUCCUCGCCGUGUGGCGGAGGGAGUGAAGCGUUGUUGGGGAGCCGUUAAACAAAGAGCCGCUCUCCCCUCUAACGGGACCAUUGUUACCGAGCGGACCCACCGGAGGCGGCCCGUCGGGACAAUAGCCGGUGGAGGCCUGGUCCCAGGUCCUCGGCUUCACCAGUUUGCCCAGCUGCUUGUGUUGACAGGUGAGGGGCGGCCUGUGCUCCAGUCAUGACCUCUGGGAAUGGGAACAGCAGCCAACACAAUGGAGAGAGCAAACCUGCCCAGGCCCUAGUCGAGUCCCACAUCCUCACCCAUCUGAUCGAAGGCUUCGUUAUCCAGGAGGGGGCUGAGCCUUUCCCUGUGGAACGUCCAUCUUUCUCCAUCGAGAGCCUCAGGAGACACACUGCAGACUCAAAGAUGGACGGCCUCUCAGCAAAGGAGCUCAAGGCCCAGAAGGAGCCCAUGCUGACCUGUGAGCUGUGUGGGAAGGUGGACUUUGCCUAUGUCUUCAAAAGGUCCAAGAGGUUCUGUUCUACAGUGUGCGCUAAACGCUACAAUGUGGGCUGCACAAAGAGGAUGGGUCUCUUCCCAAACCGCCAAACCACCCUGGAGAACAUGAAGAAACAAAGGGCACUGAAUGGAAACCACAAAGACGGCACUUUAGAGUGUAAAAAGAAGAAGCCUGCUGCUGCUCUGUCCACCGGCCACUACCCUGCACAGGGAGAGUCCAGCCAAUGCUCAGAUUUGUCCGGCUACGAAAGACCCCCGUCCCCGCUGUCGGCCUCCCAGCCCCACAGCUUCCUGCCCAGUGACCCCGGCCAGUGGAACAUUGAGGACGUCUACGAGUUCAUCUCCUCUCUGCCAGGUUGUCUGGAGAUUGCGGAGGAGUUCCGCUGUCAGGAGAUCGAUGGACAGGCCCUGCUGCUGCUGAAGGAGGACCAUCUCAUGGGAACCAUGAACAUCAAACUGGGCCCUGCACUCAAGAUCUUUGCACAGAUUAGCACGCUCAAAGACUCGUAGCACAGUGCAUCAUCCACUGACAGGAGCUACCUGCCCAUCAGGACUCUAUCUAACACAGGACCAAGGAGGUGAAGUGUCUCGCUCAAGGACACAUCGACAUGGGCUAGCGGAGCCGGGGAUCGAACCGCCGAUCCUCUGAUUGAAGGACGAUCCUGCUCACCACUGAGACACAGUUGCCCUUAAGUCAAAGUCAAAGUCAGCUUUAUUGUCAUUUCUUUCAUGUGUGCAAACAUACAAAAGAUCUGAAAUGAUGUUUCUCUCUUGAUAGUAGUGAUGAUAUUAAUAAUAAUAAAGUGCAUAACAGAUAACAACAACAAAGAACAUGUAGACAACAUAGAAGUUAAGAUACUAUAAAAACUAUGAGACUUUACAUGUGUAUUUUAGCAGCAGUCGGACAUGGAGUUGUAGCAGCAUCAUUUCGACAUAUGUGUCUAAAAGAGGAGGAGAGUGGGGAGAGAGUUCAGCUUCCUGACAGCCAUUACAAACUCAGUGGAUCGUAGCAAUAUUUGAUGACUAAAGGAACAGUCCUACACAGAGCUCUUCCAAGGCCUCUUUCAUUACAGUCGACACAAAGCUUGAACAACAAGAGAAGGGGAGGAGGGAAAGUAGCGAAGGGAGACGUUAGGCCGUUAUUGGAAAACAACUCAAACUAAAACCUGGCCGACGAUGAUGAAGCGCUAGUUUAGCAGUAAUUAGUUUGUGCCAAUUGGUCCGACCUUUCAACCAGAUGUUGACAGAUAAAGCUCCGGCUAGUCCUGAAUAAAAUGAUGAACUUCUCCAGCUUU